AAGUUACUCAACAGCAGUGAAGAUGGGACGGCACGUCUCCAUCCUCCAGAAAAGAACUGGAAGACUUUUCACAUGAAAGCUUGGGAGGAUGCCUCGUCUUGUGUUUUUAAUCUUUGGACUGAAUCAUACUGCAGAAGAGGAGAUGUUCCUUUCGAGCUUGGGACCUUCAUGAGUCGGAUAACUCUGCCAGUCCAGCCGACAUGGACCGCAUGAGCAGGAAUAAAGUGGAGCAUGGGCGACAAACACACCAGGUCUUACAGAGCACUCCACUGGACUUGAUUGAAACAGGCAAAUCCCUCAAAGUCCAGGCAGAGCGCCCCCACCUGGUCAGCCUGGGAAGUGGACGCCUGAGCACAGCCAUCACUUUACUACCACUGCUGGAAGGGAAAACCACGCUGGGCAGUGAGGGGACAGAUAUCCCCCUACAGGGCCCCGGAAUCGCAGCUAAGCACUGCUACAUUGAAAACCAGGCAGGCAACAUCACCUUGUACCCAUGUGGAAACCAGUGCUCAGUAGACGGCGUUCGCCUCACCAAACCCUAUCGGCUUACUCAAGGGUGCAUGCUGUGCUUCGGUCAGUCGGCCUUUUUCCGUUUCAACCAUCCCGAAGAGGCUCAGAGGAUGAAGAGCAUGCUACCAGAGGGGACCCGCGGGCUGAGCGCCGCAAAAACUCCAUCUGACCCCCAUAAGGCUCUGAAUGGGAACCAUGACUCCAAAAUUAACAGUAUGGCAAAAACCUUGCAGGACUCUUUGGUGCUCAAGACUUCAUCGUCACCGGGGAUUGGUAAACAUCCCGUUCCCCCGGACAUGCGCAAUGGAAGUAGCAACUCCAAAAUAGAUGUCUCAAUUUAUGAGAACAGCAGCAGCUUCCUGGGCCAUAACCUCGACAGCACAACACCUCCAGUACCUGCCCGGUUACCUCAUACCAAUCACACCCCUGUCCCGCAUCCACGGCCCUCACUCUCUGUGGCUGCAAGUGGUACCAGUGGAAGUCUAAAGGCCCAGGAGAGUCCAAAGCCUCUGAGGAACGCAAGGGCAGAGGCAACAUCAUGCCCCACACAACAUCUCAGGGGGUCAGGACAGAGCGCAGAAAACCUAAGCCAAAGCCACAAACCAUCAUCCAUCAAGUUUUACCCAAAGACUCCAUCAAGCCCUCAAUUAAGGGGUUCCACCCUACAGAAGAGAUCCCAGAGCCCCAUGCGAGAGCAGGUUCAGUCUCUUUCCCAUGUAGACAUAUCUCAAAGGGUCAUUACUCCAGACUCGUCUGGGUCCACCGCCCUGAGGGUGCCCGGCAAAGGGACCUCAGGAUCGCAGGGUUCGGCUCUGCCCCUUACCUCACAGGGCUUCACUGCUAAACCCAUCCCAGAGAGCCCCCAGGGCAACCGCAAACUCACGACUCCUUCAAAAGCAGAAGUCAUGCGGGCACUGUAUGCGCAGAGUCCAUCACCACUCCCUGGGCUGGAGAAGGAGCAGGGAAUCAGGCAGUCAAGGCCUGCGCCAGGAAAUGCCACGGUCUCAAGCUUAGGCUCGGCAUCUGGCUUGUCUCCUAUCGCUAGCCCUCAUAGCGUAAGAAAGACUUCUUGUGUGACUGCCAAGGGAACAUCCGGCAAGGACCCAAAUCUUCCAAAACCAUACACCCGGGAACGCAAAAACAGCAUCUCUGAGAUCAGCGACAAUGAGGACGAGCUGCUUGAAUACCAUCGCUGGCAGAGAGAGGAGAGGCUGCGUGAGCAGGAAAUGGAGAAACUGGAGCGACAGAGACUGGAGACCAUCCUGAAUUUGUGCGCAGAGUAUAAUCAUGAGGACGGCUCUGUGGAGCUGGUGAAGAGUGGUCUGCUGGGUUCUGGUAGAGGACUUUGUUCGGACUCGGGAGGUGGGAUGGCUCUCCCGGGAGACGGCCGAAACCAGAGGGUGAGAGAGAACGACGAGGAAAUCCAGAGAGAGGAGUCUAGCAGCACAGAGAGCACGCACCAAGAGUGUGAAGAGCUGUUAGCCGGACAGGAGGAGAUUUACCUGGAGGAGGAGAGGAACAGGAUCCUGGCCAGGGUUGAUGAUUUGAAGCACAGAGUCAGUGAACUGGAGCAGCAGCUACAAGAGACCAAACAUGAGGUGGAGAUGGAGCAAGCCCUGCUGCAGGCAGAGCGGCGGGCAGAGCAGGAGCAGGUGGAGGCUGAAAAUGAAAUAAUCUCUCAGCUACAGCUCAAACUUAACCAGCUGGACAAGGCCACCCAGAAAGAGAAGGACAAGGGGAGGGCUAAUGUGUCGGCUGAGCGGAAGGCCCUGGAAAAGCAGAGGAAUGAGUACAAUGAGCUGAAGAGGCAGUUUGAUAAGUGCCCCUUGUCUCUAAGGGAACAGUUACAGGAGCAGCUCAGCAGGAAAGCUGAAGCUCUGGAGUCUGGGACCAAGCAGUUUGAGGAGCUGGAGUUCUGCCAGCUGGAAGAGGAGAGCCGUCUAGAGGAGAAGAAGGAAGCUCAAAGCUCACAACUGCUCCAAGAGCGAGCCGAGUAUCACUGCAGGGUGGCCAAGAGGAAGGAAAAGAUGGCUGCUCUGGAAGCUCAGGUAAAGCAGCUGGGGUUACAGGCAUCUCAAGACUGUGAAAGGCUGGCAAAGGACAGGACAGUGACUUUGCAUCUGUUACAAAAGGAACAAGACAGGCUGUGCGCCCUGGAGAAGAAGUACCACAUGCUGACAGGAGGGAGAAACUUUCCAAAGCCCGGUGGCAGCAGCAGCAUGAAAGAGGAAUUGCUUCACAUCAGCGAGCCCGACCUUAUUUAUGUGGAUGGUUCUCCUCAUAGUCCCUGUCCCUCCUCUGCCUCCUUCUCCUCCUCUCACAUCCCCUCCCCCGAGCUAUAUCCUGUCAGGCUACAAGAGGAGUACCUCAGGAUGUCUGAUGUCUAUAGGAUGUAUGGAAAUGCUUCUCUGCAGCCUCACUCUUCUUCUCCUGCUGCUCUCCACUGCCUCUCCCUCACUGUAACUCCAGCUUUGCCAACUGAGGAGUACAUCACAGUCAGUCAGUUAAGUCAGAUCUUUGGGAUGCAGCGAGUCGAUCCCUCCUCUUCCUCCUCCUCUAUGCCAGCAUUCCAACUCGCCUCCUCUGAAUCCACCUUCUCAUGCCACACAACUGCACGUGGUCCUUCCUCCUUUCUCUCUGCACAGAGCCAACCUGAGCUGAGCAGGAAUGCAUUGCCUCCUCUUAAUCUUGAGCGCUGGUACCAGGAAAUCAUGGCAGCUGGAGAGCCUCAGCCAUGCCCUCCACCACUGCCUGCAAAGUCUUUUGCCACACGCAGACACGGGCAGCUGUCAAAGUCCAAAUCAGAAGGUGAAGUUGGACAGGUUUCAUCAAACAGAAGCACCACCAUGUUGCCACACUCCAGUGGUGCUACACAGGAGAAAAAUGCUUCCACAAAGGGGUUGCACUUAGCGCUGAGAGAGAUGUCAAACCCGCUGGAGAUGGACUCCAGGAGGCAGUUGGCUUUGCCGAGCAGAGAUACAUCUCCCACAGUCCAUCACUCCAUCUUGCAUCACCAGCUGCCACCCAGUGGCAACCAGGCGUAUGACACCCUGAGUCUGGAAAGCUCAGACAGCAUGGAGACCAGCGUCUCCACCGGCAACUCCGCCUGUACCCCAGAAAGUGCCUGUGGCUUAGAGGCCCAGAGGAUAGAAGAGAUGGAAAAGAUGCUGAAGGAAGCGCAGCAGGAGAAAGCCAGACUGAUUGAGAACAGAGAGAGGGAGGUGCAGGCUCGGCGGCAGAUGUUAGAGGAGGAGCGGAGGAGGCGAGAGGAGGCCGAGAGGAGGCUUCAGGACGAGACGGCCCACAGGCAGAGGCUGGUGGAGGAGGAGGUGAAGAUGAGAGAGAAGCAGUUCUCCCAGGCCCGUCCAAUGACGCGCUACCUGCCGAACCGCAAGGAGGAGUUUGACCUGCGUGCCCAUGUGGAGUCAUGCGGCCACAACAUAGACACCUGCCCCUUUGUCAUCCUCACUGAGAAAAUGUGCAAAGGCCACUUGGUGAAGAUGGGCGGCAAAAUCAAAUCUUGGAAGAAACGCUGGUUCGUUUUUGACCGUCUCAAGAGGAACUUCUGUUAUUACGUGGACAAGCAUGAGACCAAGCUGAAAGGGCUCAUUUACUUUCAGGCGAUUGAAGAGGUUUAUUACGAUCACCUACGCAGCGCCACUAAGAGUCCCACUCCAUCUUUGACCUUCUGUGUGAAAACUCACGAUCGGCUUUACUAUAUGGUGGCCCCGUCCCCCGAGGCCAUGAGGAUCUGGAUGGAUGUCAUAGUAACGGGUGCAGAGGGCUAUACGCAGUUCAUGAGCUGAGGGACCACUGGGUGAGCGAUCUGGUUGAUGUCGGAAACCGAGCGAGCACCCAGACACCUGCGAGCCAACCUGAGCUGCUCCCUGCCGCAGCCGGGACUGGAAUCAAACAGCUUGACAGCGUGUAACGGAUGGACUUUUAAAGGGAUGAAUAACCUUGGGCCAGAUGCCUUUGAGCAGAUGAGGGCUCACUCAUGACAAGGGUGGAUUUCAGUGAUUAUGAGAGUUGUAUUUAUCUUUCACCUAGCUGUGUGAGUAAAAGAAAAAAAAUACUUUGAGUAGCCUGCCAGUAGAUUCACGAGGGACUUCUCAGCAACAUCAAUCACAUUCGAGUACCAAAUGUACUGUUAAUAUUUACAAUACGAUACUUUAUUCUUACUUUAUAUAAGCUCAACCUGUUUACACCUUUGAAGCCGAUGUAUGCAUGCAGUUUUAUCACUCUAACCUUUUUGAUACAUUUGUACUUUUUCCCUUUGUUAACUUUUCUCACAUUACAAAAUAGCCUCUCAGUAUUAAAAAACGACAACUAUACAGUAAAAACAACUUACAAGCAGCUACUCUGAAAUAUAUUAUUGAGACACAUAUUAUUUGGUGCCAAAUACUUGUAAUGCUGUGCCAGAUUUUUUUGUUUUUUGUUACACAAGUGUUAAUACCACUUUAUGUAUUGUUCCAGGAGCUUCCCAUUUAGGCUAAUAACACAGCUUUAAUAUGUCUGUAUUUUACAUAAAUACCCUAUGUCAAGUGAAAUUGUAAUAAUAUGAUUUUAAUAAGAAUCAUAAAUUAUAUAACAGGACUGUAAAACUACGUGUAAUAAACAAAACUAUAUGAUGUA